AUGGUCUAUAUCAAUAACAAACACGAAUUCAUCACAAAAGUAUCGCAAUUAUAUUCUGAAACAAAGGAUAAACAUUCGAUAUGGAUGACUUUUAAAAAGUAUACUCCGAAAGAACAAAAACCAAAAUCUGAAAAACAACAACAUUUCUCAAAGAAAUCAUCCAGUGGAAUUAAAAAGAAACAACCACAUCAUGAAGGAUGUCUCAUUCGUGUGACCAAUGGUAAAGAUAAGAAAUAUUCCACCAUUGUAUUAUAUAAGGAUUUGGCAACAUUUCAAAGUAAUUUAUUUAAUAUUUUGAGAGAUCAUUUGAGUGCAUCCUUGAAACAGCCUGCAACAACAAGUACGACUACAACAACAUUACCUGCCAUUUCAACAACACCAAUUCACGAAAGCAAGACAGAUAAAAAGAAGAAGAAAAAGAAGGCUGACCUUUAA